UACCAGUCUCGCGCCAGAGCACUAAACCGAUCAUCAAGUUUAUAUUAUGAGUUGUACUGCAUAAUACUUCUAAAAAGCUUUAUUACAUUAUCAGUCACAUUUUUGAUAAAUUGUCCUUGUUUUCUUUAUAUUCUAAUUCUUACUUUGACCAUAAUUAAAAAUAAAUUAUGUUCUUAGUACAAAGACUCGUAUAUUUCCACAACGUGAUUCUGAUAAUUAAGUAUAGAGUCAUCAAUAUUCAUCAUCUUCCUAAGUACUCUAAUAAAAAAUGUUACAUUCACAUUCUACAGGUAUUUCAAGGUUAAAAUUCUUUCUUUGUUUGUUACCGUGUCAUCAUUUCUCAAAUGUUUUGUACAACUCAUACAGCUAAAGUAAAUAUUCCGACUAUUUUUUGAUGGUUUAUUUAAGUUGAUGGAAUGAGUCAGAAUAAUUGUUUUUAAUUUUUGAUUAUUUUAAUUAUAACUGAUGAGAGAUAUAUUUAUCAUUGCUCUCUUUCUCUUGAACUAUGAAAACAAAACAAAAUUAAUCGUCUCUAUUAUUCCAUUAGCAGAAAACACAAAGAGAACAACCAAGGCAGACAUGCAUCAUGCCAAUUGAUUUGUCUAUAAUCUUUUAUUGAGUUUAUAAAAUUAAUAGUCAGAUGAUCAUGUGCUUUAAUGACAAACAUAACUCAAAGGUUUAUGUCUUAAUGUAAAUUUCAUAUUGGUAAACUCUGGUGUGAUUUUUCUAAUGUGCGGUAUUCGGUUGUUCAUGCUAAAUUUUCAUCGCGUUACAGUCUAGCUUCAUCCUCUAAUGGCAAACAUUCAGCAUACCCUGUUUCUGAAAAACCUACAGUAGAAACUUCAAACUCAUCAGUAACAGUUAGUGAUCAACCUGUAAUUUCUUUAUCAGUUCCUGAUAGAAAAGGAAAUGUAAAAAAAAGUAAUGGUUAUAUUUGUGCAGAAUGGGCAGCUAAAUUAAAUCAUGAUGAAUAUGAUCAUACUGAUAAUAGUAGAUUUUUAAAGAAAGAUUCCUCACCUUCACCUCCUCCACCACCACCUGCAUUUCUUGGGGCUGGUGAUGCAUGUGCAAGCCCUACUAAUUCUCCACCUAGUUCUUCAUACUCCCCUCACUCACAAUUAAUGCAACAAUCAAAUGGUCACUCACAAAUACCUCAACAAUCUCCACGACGAAAUCAACUUAGAAGUGAUGAAUCAUGGUCUGUUAUACAUGCAAACAACCCAAUGAAUGGAAUAAAACCACAUCAUUUAAACUCAUAUGAUGGUAAUUUAGGUGACAAGGACAGAGAAACAAUGCAAUUACAAAGGACAACUCAAGUUCCAGUUUAUAAUUCUCAGUCAUAUCAAAAUUUUGAAACUCAGAAACAGCUUAUUAAUGAGCUAAGAGGUUUAUACCGAAACUCAAGUACAAAAACUCAACCAAAAUGUUCAUUACAACCCAAUAUAGAAAAACAAAUAUACUAUCCAAAUACUUCACCUAGUUCAUCUCCUAUACCAAAUUACCAAGUAAAUUCAAAUUCUUACAUCCCUGAAUCAUCAUCUGAUCAACAUGAAAUCAUCAAAACCAAUAAUAAUAACUCGUAUGUUCGUUCUAAGUGUUCCGAUGUUUACCGCUCAUAUGGAUCCUUAACAACUAAUCAAGGUACAAAUAACUCAGAUCCAGGAAUAAUGAAAGAACGUGACUGUGAAGAAAAUAUUACAGUCAAUGAAACUGGCUGUUGGACACCAGAUCAGGUUUUCACACGACGUGAUUGCCUUAAAGCUAAUUCAUUGGCUGCAAGGGGUGGUAGCGAUGGUCUAUCAAAUUCAAUGAGUCCUGAAAGCUCAUUAUCAGAUAAAUCAGGUUCAGAAGCAAAUGAACUAAACCGGCUUCAUAUGUCAGACAGUUCAGAGAGUAAUCAAGCUAACAAAUUAGUAGUGCGUGUAUUUCGUCCGGAUAGAACAACUAAAGCAAUAUUAAUUGAACAUCAAAUGACCGCUGGCGAAGUGGCUACUAUGAUGAUUGAAAAGAAUUUCUUACAACCUUCAGUACAUUUAGCUUUGGUCGAAAAAGUUCCGGCUUUAAAAAUAGAACGAGUAUUUGAAGAACAUGACAUUGUGUCUGAUUGUAUUUUAUCUUGGCCAACAAAAAGUCAAAAUAUGAUCUUCUUUGAAGAACGACCGGAUCACUUUGGUCUUAUUGAAUCACCAGAUUACUGGAUUGGUGAAGAAACCACUACAAAACAAGCUUUUCAUAGUGCAGAAGCUAUUCAAACAAUGUUGAAUAAUAUUGAUACCAGUGGUUUUCCAGAAUGGCGUGAUUAUUUGUUUAUACGUAAACCUGGUGAUAAAUCAUGGUCACGUCGUUUAUGUGUUUUAAGAAGUUCCGGAUUGUACACUUCAAAUAAGAAUAAAAAGUCUUUCUCAUCUACAGAUCUUAUUCGUAUUCUGGUACUGGAUGGACCUUUAAAACUUUACACAACUACAGGAGGUUGGUCGCGGAUGCGUGCACCUACUCCACACGGUUUCGCCUUCAAGCCUUAUUCUGCGCAAGAUCCUUCUUCUACACAUGUGUUUUGCUUUUGUGCAACAGAUGAGAAAGCAUUACGUCAUUGGGUUAGUCGACUACGUGUUGCCAAAUACGGAAGAAAACUACUGACCGAUUACCAUAUGGCACUUAGCCGAGUUCACCAACUGAUUAGUCUACGCACUCAACUAAGUAUUAAUCCCAACCGUUCAAGUAAUAAUAUGAUAAAUUUGAACUUACAACCGAAAUCAUCUUUUGAUUAUCUUUCACAAUCGUCAUCAUCAAUACAUGUCCCAACAGCCAGUUCUACACGAAGUCUUUUAACUGCUAGUUCUUCUCCAUCAGUUUUCCCACGAGGCGAUCCACGCUACUCAGAAAAUCAACAUCAACAACAACAUUCAUGUAGUAGACAAUCAUUACAUCCAAAUAUUCAGUCAUCAUAUUCACCACGUCCUGUUUCUCCUUUAAGUAUGAGAGCAAGAAUGAUAACUAAUUCUGAGCAUCCUUGCCUUAUAAACAUGAAUCAUUCUUCAAGACAACUUAAAAACCAAGACAAAUUCCCUCCAAUUAUACAUAAUUCAUCGGAUAGAUAUAAAUGAUUAAUAUAUUUUAACACUUCAGUCGUUAUAUCAGUUAAUUUUUAAAAAUUCUCUAGAUUUAAACAAUGAUAGAACCAUAAUAUCAAAUGCAUAAUUUAAAUAGAACCCAUACUUUUCAGCUGAGACUAACAAAUUUCGCACAAAAAUACAUUGAAGAAAAUCUGUUUGUACUGACGAGAGAAAAAAGUUGAUAUAAGUAAAUCGUUACUUUUUUUUUACGUGAUCUUUCUUUUAUUAUUUAUGAUGACGACUAACACUAUUUCGUUAUUCAUAAAUCUUCUUACAAAUACGAUUAAUCCUGUUAUAAUCAUCAACACCAAUAUUCAAUCAGAUUUAAGUAUUAGAGCAUUUUUUUUUUCGAGAUAUUAGAGAAAUCGCUGUUUCUAUCUUAUUCUACGUACAUACAAUAUUUUUUUUUCUUUCUAUAUAAAACAUGAAGUUUGUGAUUAAUAACAGUAUUAUAAUAAUUUAAUUAUUAUUAAAGAUAUACUUUUAGCAAAAGAAUCUAACCUAAAAUAUCGAGGACUCGGGUAUUUUUUAUCUUAAACAAUUAUAUAUAAAAUUCUUUACAUGAAGUGGACAAUAUAAUAAAAAUUUGGCGCCGAUUUGUUUGUUACUUUCUUUUUCCUACUGAAUACUAAUUAACCUUUUAAUUAUAAAUAUUUUCUCUUAUCCUUGAUUACUAUCAAUGUGUAUUAUUGUACUCUCAGUUUACAUCUUUUUUUUUUCAUAAAUUUAUUGUUUACUGCUGAGAUCUAAUUUCAAUUGUAUAUUUAUAGUUCAAUGGAAAUUAAUCGACGUUGAUAGAGUUAGACUGUUAUUAAUUGAUACAUAUAUAAAUAUUUAAACAAUGUAUAACAUAAAUCAACUUAAAAUGAUAUUGUGAUUAUUAUUAUUAUUAAUAUAGACUCUAUUUCCAGCAGGUCCAUUGUUUCCGAAGACACAUAAGUGAAUAAACGUAAUGGACAAAGAGUAUUCAUAGUUUCCUUUUUUUUUAAAAAAAAAAAAAUAAAUAAAUAAAACAUCUAUAGCAUUUAGAUAUUGUUUAUUUAGCUUUUUCUUUUCUCCCUAUUUAAUGUACAGCCUUAUUGUUCAAAAAUUAACAAACAAAUAAAUUAGUGGUCGAAUAAGAAUUUGAUACUAAUCGUAUUUUUGUAUGUUUAUAGGUAGUAUGACGUGAUAAGUUGCUAGGAUUAGAGUAUAUUAUUACAAAGCACAGAAUAAUAGUAGAUACUUAGUCAUUUACCUUCGCUAUUUUGUGAAUAACUUAAAAUGACUUUGAUUCGUAAAAUGAAUGAAGUAUGGUCUAGUGAAUUUCAAAUCAGUGAUCUGAACCUAUCCCUCACAUCGAAAAUCAAGACGCCUAUUCCAUAUCUAGUGAGCUGAUGGGUUAACACUGCUGAGUUACAAACUACAAAAUGGUUUCAUAAUGCUUUCUUGCUAACAGGCUGAUGUCAAAUUAUGGUGAAAACUCUUUCUGUAUUGAACUAAUCGUCACAGUUCAUCUUAUUAAAUGUUAGAUUUAUGUUGAUGGAAAUUUUAAUAUGCAAUGAAUCCAUUGCAUAUUAACUUUAAGUUGUUAAACUCCCCUCAUUUCCCUAAACCUUAAGGGAUACAUACUCAUUUGAAAUUAUUUGCUGUACUAUAUUAUUCAUCAUUACAUUUCAUUAAAAAGGGUAUUUUGAAGAUACAAAAUCAGCAUUUUCGCGACAGGAUAGUGUUGCAAUAUUUGAGUUAGGCCACAAAGUUCAUAAAAACCAGUCAACUUAUUAUCAAUGCUUACGAGGUUUAAGUUAAUUGAAUUACCUUCUUCUCCAGGUAAUUGAAUAUGAACCACACUGUGUGAGGGUUAACGAUACAAUCCGGAUGCCCAAACCGAAAUAGACUGGAAGUCCAAAUUUGGGGAUUAUUGGCCGAAAGUUGAACCAAUAAGCUACCGCUUCACUAAUCAUGUAGACAAAAAAGUAGUUCCUACUGUUGGAUAUCAAACAAACCCAUUAAAAUUAUAGAAUUGUAGCAACUGACGUUUGAGUUCCCUCCCUUAUGUUUCAACAUUCUAAUUCCGGUUAAUUUGUUUUUUACUCUCACAAGCUCAUAAUAAAAACAUGGCAAAUUUCUGAACAAACUCGAAGUAAAUCUAAAACAGUGAUAUGACUAACUUAUAAUUUCG